AUGAAAGUGGAGUUAAACAGUCACCUCUUUGCAGAUGCUGUUGAUGGAGUGGUUAACGGGGAUGUCUCUCAGGAGACUAAUGGUCCUACAAACUGCUAUGCUGCCAUAUCCCAAGCAGAUCGACUGCAGUCAGAACCAGAAAGUAUUCGUAAGUGGAGAGAAGAGCAAAAGGAACGCCUGGAGCAACUUGAUGCAAACUCACGAAAGCAGGAAGCAGAAUGGAAAGAGAAAGCAAUAAAGGAGUUGGAAGAGUGGUAUGCAAGGCAAGAUGAAAAGCUUGAGAAGACAAAAGCCAGUAACAGGGUGGCAGAUGAAGCUUUCUACAAACAACCCUUCGCUGACGUGAUUGGUUAUGUCACAAACAUAAAUCAUCCUUGCUACAGCCUAGAACAGGCAGCUGAAGAAGCCUUUGUGAAUGAUGCAGAAGACGUUUUUCCGGGCACUGAGUGGGAACGUGUGGCUCAGCUCUGUGACUUUAAUCCCAAGUCUAGUAAGCAGGCAAAAGAUGUGUCCCGCAUGCGUUCAGUCCUCAUCUCACUCAAGCAGGCUCCGCUGGUUCGCUGAAGCAAAGCUCAAUGGAAACACUACAAAUGCAAUAUCUUAACCUUACUCAGAGAAGCUAUGUUUGCAGUAAUUUGAUUAAUUGUUUCAAUGUGUUUUUUUGGACAACAUCAUGAUGUAUCUAGAUCUGAUCAUUGUUUGAUUGCAUGUUCUUCCCAAUGUUUCCUUUCUGUGUCUGAAAUGGGAGAACCUCCAAAAUGUAGUCUCUGUGCUGUUGUGCACUGAGGUGUCACUUCCCACAUUAUUGAUAUUAAAGAUCUGUUAAACAGCAAAA